GGGCUUAUCAUCUCUCCCACUAUCAUUGAUUCAAUUUCCAGCAGGCUCCGGCUUACCGCUGCCCAUUUACUCACAAAUUCAUCCGUUAUGUCAAAGAAAUCUCCUCGCUGGCAGUCCGCGAUAAAUAGUGCUUUAGAAAAGUACGAAAAAUCUGUGGUGAUUCAACUCGCUUCUAUAGAUGCAACAUCUCCCAUACCACAUGUUCGAUCGCAUAUAUUUCGUUCAUUCCUUGAUCCCAGAUCGAACCCAGCUCUUCCUCUUAUUCUCACUACAACCGACGUUCGUAGCCCAAAGACUGCUCAGAUCAUCGCCAAUCCUCACGUGAACAUUGCCUGGUGGAUUGAAGGAACCCAAGAACAAUUUCGCAUCUCAGGCGUAGGCAGUAUCAUUCCUUCUCCCCAAGACCCUCUAUACAAACAGUUUAUCUACUCCACGACAUCUUCUGCCAUCUCAUCGCCCAACACCGGUAUGGCAGCUCUCAGUCGAGAGAACUUUGACUGGGAAGCGAAACGCAAAGAGGUUUUCAAAACCAUGAGUGCGCAUAUGAAAGCAAGUUGGUGUCGACCUACGCCAGGUUCCCCUUUGAUUGGUGGUCAGGAAGAAGCCAAGACGUGGCCGGAGAGGGUAGAUGAGCCAAAGGACAGUGAUGAAUCAGACGAGUCCGAGGAGGAGAAGAAAAAUCGGAAGAAUUGGGAUGUUGCUUUGCGGAACUUUGCACUCAUAUUGGUUGAUCCAACGGAAGUGGAUUAUGUCGAAUUGGGGGUGUUUCCAAAUCGGCGUACGCUGUUUAAUAAGUCUACGCAAGGUCUUUGGAAAGAGCAAGAACUUGUUCCUUGAUUACCUCGAUAUAGACACUCAACUACUUGUCGCCUCAACUUUUCUGUACAUGUAACGCUACACUGUAUUACAUGAGUUUUGUAUUUUCUAUUUGGCGCAAAUAGGAUUGCUGAUGGCU